AUGUCUCUACAACCUCAUGAUGAUCAAACAAACAUUCAAAAUCAACAACAUGAAUAUGAGAAUUUUUGUUAUCAUGAUCCACCUGAGUCAUUUUGGCUUUCUAAAGAUUCAGAAAGAGAUUGGUUUGAUCAAAAUGCAGCCAUGCAAAGAAAAUCAUCAAUGAAAUUUGCAUUUUCUGGCAAAGCAAAUAACAAAAAUUCCAAAAUAUUAUUACAUAAUAAUCAAAAUCCAUCGCUUUUCUCCAUUCCCAAGACUCGAAAAUCUACCUCGGGGGAUGGAAAUCCCGGGCGAAUCAACAAGGCGGUGAAAUCGAAAUUGAAAUCCCGGUUCAGUAGAAGCCGGUCUGAACCGGGAAGAAAAACAGUGUUGGUGUCUGAACCGGGUUCACCAAAAGUGUCUUGUACCGGACGGGUUCGCCGGUCCAAGUCAAAGAAAGAGAGUAGGACUAUAAGAACCGGGUUUUGGAAAAAAGUUAGGGCGGCUUUGAAAAUCCGGUCCGGAGAAAAAGGUGGGGCCGGUGUACAGACUGCUGAACCGGAUAGGUCUGGGUCCGGGUUCGGCUCAGCAGAACUGAAGCGAUCGACGACUCGUCGAUGGUCAGAGUAA